AUGACAAUGGAAUUUUUCCUUUCCACGAUGGCAAGAAAGAAUCUCUUCCUCAGCCUCCUGCUCUGCUACAGCCUGUUCAGGGCUGCUGAUUCCCACUUGGUCAUUGAGGAGAAGACAGAAUGCAACGUGUCCAGAAGGAGCAAAAUGGACCUCUCAGAUCUUCCACCCAUCUCCAUAGUAGAUUUAACUAGAAAAUCCCAGAAAGUCAGCAGGAAAGAGGCAGAGAUCAAGAAAUCUUCCAAGAAAAACGCUAAACGCAAGAUAUCUCCAAAGCCAAGGCCCCCACCUGCUGCUAACUGUGUGCCAACCUUCAAAACCUGCAAGCCACACUUGAAUUCCUGCUGUCACUACUGUGCUUUUUGCAAAUGCAGAAUCUUCCAGACCAUCUGCCAGUGCCUGAUGUUAAACCCCAAGUGUUAAGCCAAGUCAGAAACACAGCAAGCCUUCUGUCUUUCAUUAGCUUCUCAAGUGCAUAUUUCAAAUUGCCCCAUGUCUCUAGUAAUCAAAAUAGAGAGUUCUG